UCUCAUUUCUUCAUACAAACUGUUUUUUCUUCAUCCAUGGCUGUUUCUGGUUUCGAAGGAUUCGAAAAGAGACUUGAACUACACUUCUCUGGCGAUGAUCCAAUCAUCCGAAUGGGUGGUCUCCGUCAACUGGACUUCGAAUCAAUUGAAGAAAUACUAAAUGCAGUGCAAUGUACUGUAGUAUCAGCUGUUGGGAAUCAAUACUUUGAUUCUUACGUAUUAUCGGAAUCAAGCCUCUUUGUUUACUCAACUAAAAUUAUCAUUAAAACAUGUGGAACUACUCAGCUAUUGAAAUCAAUUCUUCCAUUGAUUCAAUUUACAUCCGAAUUGGGAUUCAUUAUGAGUGAAUGUAGGUAUACUCGAGGGAAUUUCAUUUUCCCCAAAGCUCAACCUUACCCACACACAAAUUUCAACGAUGAGAUCUUUUAUUUACAAGAACAAUUACCGAUUCAUCUUUGUUAUAGAAAAGCCUCUGUUAUGCCAUCCAAAUUCAUUUCUCAUUCGUGGCAUGUAUUCACUGCUUGUAACGAAGAACCUAACAACGAUCUCUUCACUAUUGAAGUUUGUAUGACAGAGCUUGAUCGGGUACUUGCUAGGAAGUUUUUUAAGCAUCCAAAUAUGGCUUCAAAUGAAAUGACGGAAGUUACUGGAAUUUCGGAAAUUAACCCAAAUGCUUUGAUUUGUGAUUUUGUUUUUGAUCCUUGUGGAUAUUCCAUGAAUGGCAUUGAUGGAGAUCGUUAUUCUACGAUUCAUGUUACCCCUGAAGAUGGAUUUAGUUAUGCAAGUUAUGAAUGUGUUGGAUCAAUUUACGAUGAUCCCAAUGAUAUUAUUAACAUAUUGAAGAAAGUGGUGCAAGUUUUCCGGCCGGGGACUAUGUCGAUUUCGACUACGUCGACCAGCAAUGAGGUUUGGACGAGAAUUGCUAAAGCUGUUGAACCACUAGGGAUGAAAUGCCGGAGCUGCACAAUGGAUGAUUUUCCGUCAACCGGAAGUGUGGUGUUUCAGACUUUUACGUCUUGCCGGAAGUAGGUGGCGGAGCUGCGGCGGCGGUGGUGGUAGGAAGGUGGCAAUAUGGUGGUACUAGCACCUUCUGUGAUGGUAGAUAUGUGGUUUUGAGAAGUAAAGGGAGGAAGUAGGGGACCUUUUCUUUUUCUUCUUGUUGUUUUUUGUAUUUUUCUUUUUUUAUUUUAUUUUAAUUUUGUUAGUUUUUUUAGUUGAAAAUUUUUUAAUUAAAAAGAAGUAGAAAAAUAUUGAUGCAUGAGUUGGAUUGGAUGGUAGAUGAUCUUGAUGAUCAUCAAUGUAAGCUUUGACUUGUGUAGAGUGAUGCAAGUAAAUUUUCACCAUA